AGUCUAACGGGGGAGGGUGGUGGAUAAAUAACCCAGGAUCCACAGCGCUGAGUAACGACUCUAAACAUCGCUACAUCACAUCCCUUUCUCUAGCUUCUCACGAUUCAUCCUCCUCUGUCUCCGUGUCUAUCUACUAGCUGUUGUCGUUUAGAGUGGCAGAGAGAAGCGGUUAGGUUUGUUUCUUUUCUUCGCUUCCUCAGAGGUGUUUUUCUCUGGUCUCUCCUCUCCUGGAUAUAUAUUCCCCAUCAAACCAACAGACAGCUUCCGUAGAGCAGCUGCAGCUUCUCUUUAGCUACUGCGAGGAGCCGCUUCGGGGGGAACUAUGGGGAAAGAUUAUUAUAAAAUCCUGGGGAUAGUGAAAGGAGCGGCCGACGAGGACAUUAAAAAGGCGUACAGAAAACAGGCUCUGAAAUGGCACCCGGACAAAAACAAGGCGUCCAACGCCGAGGAGAAAUUCAAGGAGAUCGCGGAGGCAUAUGAAGUCCUCAGUGAUCCGAAGAAAAGAGAGAUAUAUGAUCAGUAUGGAGAAGAAGGUCUCAAAGGAGGUGGCGUCCCCGGCAACGGUCCAGAUGGACAGGGCAGCAACUUCACAUCUUACACGUUCCACGGCGACCCCCAUGCCACCUUCGCCACCUUCUUCGGCGGCGCCAACCCCUUCGAGAUGUUCUUCGGCCGUAAGGCCAACGGACGCGGUCCCGGCGGCGGGGACGACGAGGACAUGGAGGUGGACGGCAACGACCCGUUCGGCUCCUUCACCUCGUUUAAUCUCAACGGGUUCCCUCGGGACCGCCACGUGGGGCUGGGCGGGCAGCAGAGGAGGAAGCAGGACCCGGCCGUUCAUCACGAGCUGCGGGUAUCGCUGGAGGAAGUGUUUCACGGUUGCACCAAGAGGAUGAAGAUCAGCAGGAAGAGGAUGAACCCUGACGGACGCACCAUGAGGACGGAGGAUAAGAUUCUCACCAUAGAGAUUAAGAGAGGGUGGAAGGAGGGAACCAAGAUUACGUUCCCCAGAGAAGGAGACGAGUCGCCCAAUACGAUCCCUGCUGAUAUUGUGUUCGUCAUUAAGGACAAGCCACAUGCACAUUUUAGGAGGGAGGGGUCGGACAUCGUGUACCCGGUGAAAGUUAGUCUGCGACAGUCGUUGUGUGGUUGCUCUGUGACGGUGUCUACGAUAGAUGGGAAGACGUGUAACAUGAAGAUCACGGAUGUGAUAAAGCCAGGCAUGAAACAGACUGUAGCAGGACAGGGCCUUCCCUUCCCCAAGAACCCCGAGCAGAGAGGUGACCUGGUGGUGGAGUUUGACGUGAACUUUCCAGAGAACCUCCCCAGUAACGCCAAGGAUGUCCUGAAGAGGCAUUUACCUGUAUCCUAGAAGAACAGACAUGGAUACGGACACAGACACACGGACACACAUGGACAACAGAAAGAAAGGAGUGACAUCAGCAUGCCAGCUCUCACACUCUCCUCUCUUUCAUCCUUCUCUCUCCUCUCUCUCUCGCUCUCUCAUCCUCCUCU